CAACCCCACACCCCGUAAACAUGGCGACACCACAGACCGUCGAGCUCGCAAAAACACUGCCCCCGCGGCUGCUACGCUUCUUCCAGCGCUAUCCCCCACCGCAACUCUUCCCAACCAUCACAUCGCAAAUCGCCGCGACACCAGCAGACAGCCCCGACACAAUAUCCACCACACCACCGGCCGACGCCAAUGCCCCGGUCGCGGAAAUAUCAGCACCAGACGCCGUAGCUAUAAAUCCCGCAGACAUGCCGUUCCCCAACCCCUUCCAGCCGACCAAGAACUUCACCACGGGCCGCUGGCACGGCCCCGUCUACGGUCUGCGCAAGCAAGCCGACCUGGUGAAACUGGCGAGCGCACACGGUGUGGUCGAUUUGCUGCCGUGGACGAUUAAGAAGCCGGGCGAGAAGGAGGCAAGGAGGAUUGAGCGCGGUUUGACGGUCAAGGGCACCGGUGAGGGCCAGAGGGUCAAGGGAAAGCUGUGGGAGAGGACGCUGAAGGGACGGCUGGAGAUGAGGAGGCAGGCCAUGUUGGAUAUGCCAAGGCUGAUCCAGGAGUGGAAACAGAAAGGUCACGGUCGUGGGUGGAAGAAGUGGCCGAGCGGGAAGGCGAAGAAAUAAAUGGAUUGAGGGGAUUGGGUCUGGAGCGGGACUUGCUCUGGGCCUGUGUAUAUCUAUGUGUUUGGAUGAUGGAGCAUAUUGCCAUGGCGUUCAGGCAGGUCAACAUCCUGCUUUGUAUCAGAUCAGCUGGAAAAGAUGCACGUAUGGUGGAAGAAUUAGAGCGAUGCAACAACAUAUAUCUAUUAUCAUCUGC